AUGCCUUACAAUAAAAGUCUUCUACAGGAGGUCACUGUUUUAUCACAAGCCGCUACAGAUUAUUCUGGUAACAGAAAGCUUUCACUCCGUUUUGAUUGCAGUCACUUCCAACCAAAGGAGAUUGGACAGCAAAGUUACUGUAUGCUCAUGCCAGACACGCUGAGGAAUGGCGGAUGCAAGAGAUAUCAGGAGUUGACCAGAGCAUACAUACUUCCGGAUAACGUAGACCCAAAUCAGUUGAAGUCCCAUCUAUCCUCUGAUGGUGUUCUGGACUUUGAGGCCCCAGCACCAAAAGCUGUAUAUGUUGAGGCCCCUAAAGAGGUUUUGAUUCCUAUCGAACAUCUUCACAGUAAAGAGACCUUUGACAAGGGAGGUAAAAAUAAAUAA